AUGCGGUUAGGCGUCCUUGUGUUAGCGUGUCUCCUCUGCCAAGGGGUGACACUGGCGGACGAGGUAGAAGUAGUUGAAGCAGUACCAGGCGAGGAGAUUCGCAACGAUAGCACGAAUCAAGAUGCAAAUCUUAGUCAAGAGCAGCAGCAGAGCCAACAACAACAGCAAAGCCAACAGCAGCAGCAGCAACAACAACAACAAUCUUCGACAGCCGAUCAAAUAAUCGCAGCAGCACUCGAUGCAUUAACCGGUGACUCUGACACAAGUUCUUUGCAAUCGAACAAUCCUGGAAGCUCAUCGAAUGGUGCUGGAACAGUGUCGGUGUCGCAGUACAAUCCACCAAGUUUGAGAAGAGGUCCGGUCGUCGCAUCCCGUCCUCAUCAUAACGUUGAUUAUCACGGACCGCCACCACCUCCACCAGCUUCAAUAUCUGGCCCGAAGCGACCAAUCGAAAGUAUCGACAAAAUCUUCGACACAGCCAUAGCAGCGACAACGUCGUUGGGUGACAAUUGGCCAGCGCCAGCGAGCGAUAUGCCAAAGAUCGUGUCGCUGGACGUGAAGUGCGAGAAGAACUCGAUGAAGGUGUUUUUAAGUUUCGACAAACCAUUUUACGGUAUAGUCUUCAGUAAAGGCCAUUACAGUAACGUCAAUUGCGUUUACUUGCCGGCUGGUCUUGGCCGUACAUCGGUUAAUUUUGAAAUUGCUAUUCAUCACUGUGGCACUGCCGGCAAUACGGAUAAUGGCUUGUAUGGAUUCGGUGCUGAAGCUGGCUCGGGAACGUACUUUGAGAAUAUCGUUGUCAUACAGUACGAUGCUCAGGUACAAGAAGUAUGGGAUCAAGCGCGUAAACUCCGCUGUACCUGGCACGACUUGUAUGAAAAAUCUGUAACAUUCCGGCCCUUCCCUGUGGACAUGUUGGACGUCGUGAGGGCUGAUUUCGCCGGUGACAAUGUCGGCUGCUGGAUGCAAAUACAAGUUGGCAAAGGUCCAUGGGCUUCCGAAGUCUCGGGCCUCGUCAAAAUUGGCCAGACGAUGACAAUGGUGCUUGCCAUCAAGGAUGACGACGCCAAAUUCGAUAUGCUCGUCAGAAAUUGCAUGGCUCACGACGGCAAGAGGGCGCCCAUACAACUCGUCGACCAACGCGGUUGCAUAACUAGACCAAAACUGAUGUCACGCUUCACCAAGAUCAAAAACUUCGGUGCAAGUGCCUCGGUGCUGUCGUACGCUCACUUCCAGGCCUUCAAGUUCCCCGACUCGAUGGAGGUACAUUUCCAGUGCACGAUACAGAUCUGUCGCUACCAGUGUCCAGAUCAGUGUGCUGACUCGGCGCCUUCGCUACUACACGGCGAUGGUUUGUUGCUAGAGAAUCAUAGGGCCUCCAUUGGACACGCAGAUGUUGGUGCUUAUGGUAUUUCACCGCCGCCCUUACCCUUGGAGACUUAUCUCCACCAGACGGUGGGUCGACCACGUGACGAGCGUCGUCGAAAGACACGCGAGGUAGCAGCAACGGCAACGACGAAUCCCGAGAAGAACGUGGGUGUGAAUCGAGUAAUACGAGUGGUGUCAACGGGUGAUCUGACCUUCUCGAUCGACGAGUCGAACAGCACGACGUCGGAAAACUCGUCGACGAUGAUAUUCCCGAUACGCGAGGCAAGCAGCAGCGCCAACCUCAUCUGCAUGACAACGUCUGGAUUUACUCUGGCCUUAGCCCUAUUACUAGCGGUUCUGUUAACGUCGUGCAGCUUAUCGGCAUACCUGUGUCUCAGGUUGAGGCCAUUCAGGAAGAGGAUCCAAGCGGACAUGAGCCUACGAGCUUUCACUGUACACACAAUGAAGCAACCCAACAAAGCUGGUUGCUUCUACUCAUAA